AUGGUACAAGUCACUGGUACUGGCGUGUCCGGAAAUAAUGUAAACGGCACAACAACGUCUGAUACAACAUCUAGAAGUAUAUCACAAGUCAAUGAUGCUGACGUAUCCAGAAAUACUGCAAACGAAACAACAACGUCUAAUACAACAUCUAGAAGUAUAUCGCAGGUCACUGGAACAGACGUGUUCUGGAAUAAACUAUUUCCUUUAGAGAUAACAACCCAGUCAGAUCAACCAACGUUUACCUACCCGAACAUUUUGGAAGAUGAAUGUUUUUCAUUCGGUGGUUGUAAAUUACCAGAAUAUUUAAUUGAUUCGUACUGCUACUGUGAUGACAAAUGUAACUAUUACAAAGAUUGUUGUGCGAAACACAAUUUGACCACGAACAUUGUUCUAGAUAGAUAUAAGUGUAUACAAAUAAAUACCCAGAAAAACACAAAAAAAGGAGUUCAGACAAUAUCGAUGUGUUCUUUGAAAUAUCACAAUAAUAACAUAACAGAAAAAUGUCUGGAAAACAAUAUGAUAGAAAAUGGUCCACCUGUUGUCGACUAUAAGAACGUUGAUAUUUUCAAAAAUAUGUACUGUGCAAUCUGUAAUAAUGUUCAUGACUAUAUUCCCUUUGAUUUAAAAUUUUACAAUGCAAAAAGUAUUGCCGAGGAAAUGGACCAAUUUCAAAAUUUAACAAAAAAGUCAAAGCUGAUUUUAUUGUUCGCAGAUGCUGAUUUCGAACUCAUACCACCUCCGGGUGUUGAAGUAAGGACAUGUGUAGCAGAAAUGAUAGUAAAUAAUCAUCCUCUUUGUAAGAAGUAUGUCAAUCCAAUAGUGAAAAUGGAUGGAAGACGUUUUGAUGUAUACAGGAACUCUUUUUGUAUAUCAAGAAAUGAAAGACAACAUGAGUUUUAUUGUUUCAAACCUCUCUUGAAUUCUAUGUGGCAAACUAAUGAAGUACGCAGUUUGUCUGUCAUUUUCUCCUUCAGAGAACCAAAGUCAUAUGUAGAUGAUGUUAACUUCUGCAAAGAAUGGUCUAUAGAGGAUGGAAGUGUGACCAGAGGUUUUUACCCAGAUGCUACAACAUCUACUGUUGAACUUGUGGUUGUAAACGAAUUUUCUAAAGUAGUUGAACUAGGUUCUGUAGGAAUUAAUAGACUGGAGAUGGUGUCAUAUGCUUUCUCUAGAACUGUUCUAAGUAGAACUGUUGAGAGAAGUGGCAUGUGCUCACAUUUAGAAACAUAUCUCAAUUUCGAUAUACAUCUGGUCUAUUAUGUGAUAUCGACAAAGAAUCAUACAGACAAGGAGCUAAUCAGAAUAGGACUUGUAUCAGUUUUGCCACUUUCCGUUUCAAACUUUACCCAAUUUAUAGGACGAUUAGUAAUAAAAGCAAGUGAAAGUAAAACGAUGCUUAAAGUUGACGUAACCUUGAAAGUUCUGAAGAAGGCAUUCCAUCAUGAAAAACGUUUAAUUGAAAACUCAUUGUAUGAAUGGAAGACAAAUAUCAUUAUCAGAGGAAAUGCAACGGAGUCCAUUAUUCAGAUAGAAAACAGAAAAGAUAUUUUAAGUACGGGAAAUGAAUUAGUUCAAUUUUAUUCACUAUAUUUGAUAAAAUUUGUGCACGUUGAACCUUAUUCUUUAUUUUUAAGUAGUUUGGACGAUAAUGAUAUUCAUACUGAAGCCAAUAUUGACAAAUUUUGUUUAGAUCAACAAGUUACUGUGGAUGUCAUGCCUGAUGGAUCAUUUAACAUUGAUGCAGAUAAUGUUCGUUGUCACAUUACCCAUGAUAUUGGUAAUGGCAAGAUCUCUUCAAAUUGGUCAGUUUCAGCAAUUAUGACGUAUAUUUGUUUCUCAGUGUCCAUUAUCUCAUUAGUCGUUUUGAUAGUUUUUAAUAGGAAACAAGAUUUUUAUGCGAGCAUUCCAGGCUCAAAUUUAGAGAACCUGUCCAUAUCACUUUUACUAUCAAAUCUGUUGUUCACACUUGGUAUUGGAGCAUCAAGUAUUCCUGGACUAUGCUAUGUUGUCGGCGUAACACUCCAUUUUCUAUGGUUGACCGUUUUUGCAUUUAUGUCGAUUGCAGUUGUUUAUAUUAUGUCUAACCUUUUAGCAAUAAAAUCUCGGAGAGAAGUACCAAAACGAGACCUUGUACGCAAACGGCGCCAUAUAACUGUUAUUGGAAUUCUAAUCCCUUUACUGAUUGUUGUACCAGGAAUUGUAAUUGAUCAAACUGGCCCAGAGUAUUGGUCACUAGGAUAUGGUGGUGCAGUGUGCUUUCCAAAUCGGUAUCCUUCAAAUGUAGUUUUAUUUUCGGGGCCCGCGGUUUUGUCAGUGGGGAUAGAUUUUGUUUGUCUAACAUACAUUAUUUCCCAGAUGUGUAGGGUACGAUUGGAGUUGAGACACAUACGCAAACUGAAUUUAUACAAAGAUGCGCAGAUUUACCUAAGAAUUGUUGCCUUGUCGGGAGUUUUUUGGACAACCGGAAUCAUUGCUGCAAUCUAUGAGAUGCAGUGGUUAGACGUAUUGUUUACAAUUCUUUGUGGGCUGCAAGGGUUCUUUGUUGCUGUUGCUAAUAUAAACACAAGUCGUGUGCAGAAUCUGAAGUCGGGACCAAUACAAAGGAAAACAACAGAUACAAAAACAUAA